AUGAAAUUCUUAGCUAUUUUAUUACUUGCUUUAUUAGCCAUCUCAUCUGCCUCUGCCAACUACCAAUGUGGUCGUUUUGCAUGUUUACCAGGCCACUCAUGUAUUUGUGAUAAAGGUAUUUUCAGAUGUGUUUAUGAAUGUAAUGAUCUCCAAAUCGUUCAAACCGUUGUAAACCGUUGGACUGAUGGUGCUGAAGGACCAAGUGUUCAAGUUCAAGUUCAAAUUAUCAAUCAUUCAGGUGUUUCUAUUAAAGAUCUUGUUAUGGCUUCAGCUGUCAAAUUAAAUGCUAACCAAAUCUGGGGUGUUGACAAAUGCACUUUUGACAAUGGUAUCACCAUCAUGGAUUUACCAAACUACCAAAAUGGUAUUGCUAACGGUUCAAGUUAUUCAUUUGGUUAUGUUGCCAAAGGUGAUAAAGCUGCCCACUUAUAUGUUCAAAAAGUUUACCUUAUGUAA